AUUGUUGUCGGAGCGAAGUCUGCGUCGUCUCGCGAGUGAGUUACGGCACCGGCAAUGUCAUCGCGGAUCGCGAUACGAGAGAUCGGGUUUACUUUGAUCCUACUGGUCGUGUUAUCAGCGCAGGCGGUGGACUAUGAAUUCCACAGACACGACGAGAUAUCAGUGAUUUCGAACGACAACAUAAUCUUGACGAGCCGCGACUUUCUCGAGCAGCUGAAUUUCGUGGCGACAAAAGAGAGUUACAGAUUGCAAGAAGCCACGGAGCACUUGCUGUAUUUCGGUGCACUCCUGCGAGCGCGAAUAGUCGACACCUUCGGCAGCCUCCUGUACGAUUAUUAUGAUGACUUCAGUGUUGCAGAAGUGGAUGCGUUGCACAAGAUAUAUUGGAAGAUCUUCAAGCGGCAGUACGACGUGUUCGACCUAAUCCCCAGUGUUCUGAGGAACCAGGAUACGAGACCGUCCAGGAUCUGUACCGAGAUCUACAAACACGCUAGGGAAUCCUGUCUGAGGAGUAGCACCAGCAUCUGCCGCGGAAUCAGAAAGCAGCACGAUCUUCCGCAUCCCGAUGAUCACAAUACAGCCGCGUUGAAUAUCACGUACCACGUGUAUCAUUCGUCCAAGAUAUCGCAGCAAUAUCCCAGAGGUUUCUCUCUGGCGACAUUGCUGAGACUCCUGCAGCGAGAAGUGCUGGUAAUCACGCCCAAUCUACUCUCUGGACUUUUAUAUAAUGCGAGAUACGAUAACUACGACGACGAUGUUCGCCUCGCCGAGAGGGAAGUUAUACGACACUUUCGUGAAAUCUCGGGGACCACCGUCGAAAUUUCAGUGUCGACGGUGGAGCUGAGGAAGUUCCGUACUAUGAAUUUUUUCCUUAAGUACUACGUCGGUAUAUACGCCGAGAAAUCCUCGGACAACGAUCUGAAAAAGUACGCGCUCCUGAUUGCGAGAAGAAUCGCCGACGACGUUGGCACGAUCGACGAGAAUAUCCACUUGCUCGGUAACGUCUACGAGAACCAGGCGAUUCACGUUCAAUACCUCUUCGAUCUCGUGCUGCCUGAUGAUCUAAUUGAGAAAGACGUCAUCGAGGCUAAGAGAUACCUAGUGAUAAAAUUAAACAAAUUCAACGUGGUGGAAAAGUAUCUCAAAGUGCAAAAAUAUCAGCAGGCCACUCCCGCUCAGCUGAUGAUGGAGAUCACCGGGCAGCUGAUUGACAUCGACUUUGCCAAAAACAUCGCGACGUCUCUGCGGAUGUACGCGAAAUUCUGGCACAAGAGCCGUAUGAUCGAAAGCCUCGACGAGCUGCUGGAACUGUUCGAUGCCUAUGAGAACUUGCGACGAGUGCCGAGCUACCUCUACAUGAUGGAGAAGAUCGAUGAAAUCAAGAAGAGUUUGCAGGACGUGAAGGACGUCCCCAUUGAGAUUCUCUGUAAUGUUCCGCGAACUUGCCUGCGAAUAGGUCUAAAACUGAUUUUACGUUGUAAAUGGAUAAAUUCUCUAAUCAAAGAUACCAUCAAAGACUUUCUGGAGAUGAGCGAGGAGUGCGUGGACAUUCCGGAUUCAAGACGCUCGGUAGAGAUCCCGUUUAAAGUAUCAAAGAAACGUUUUAACACAACAUUGCUAACUACAGGCCUAACAGACGAAAAACAGACUACGAUUCAACGCAAUACAAUCUAUCGUAAAUUCAAAACGAUUACAAUGCCUAUUGAAACUACCUACACUACAAAAGAUUCAAAAAGGUCCAAGGAUGAACCUGAGAAAACUUCGACUACGCCGAUGACAACUAUGUUAACGUCUACCUAUGUGACCGAUCACACGGUGCCAAUUUCAACUAUGCCCACAACCACUACGACAGCUGCGACAACUACACCAUUACCUACAACAAUUACGACGUUACCUACGACUUUGCCUGUUAUAGAAUUACUUACGACUCCCACAGAAGAGACGUUGUUGCCAACAACAACUACAACAUUAUCUACAACUACGACAAUGUUGCCAACAACUACAACAUUGCCUACGACUACCACAACAUUGCCUACGACUACCACAACAGUGCCUACGACUACCACAGAAGUGCCUACGACUACCACAGAAGUGCCUACGACUACCACAGAAGUGCCUGCGACUACCACAACGUUGCCCACAACGUUGCCCACAACGAUCAGUACAACUACUCCUACAACUGUGCCCACAACGAUCAGUACAACAUUGCCUACAACAACUCCCACAACGACGACCAUGACGACAACCACGAUAUCACCUACGGAGAUACCGAUCGUGGAUGCCAAGGUGGUAAUAGAACUGAAUCGUUCGAAGAUCGUAACAAAGAUUUUCACACCACACAUUGAUUUCGGAAUUUCGACGAAGACCUUGAUAAUACCAACCGCAACACCUGUCCCCGCCUGCGAGUCGGCUGAAUGCAUUACUGAACAAAGUACUCUGCUCUCGAUGACGCCGACGAUGCAGACUUCCACUCUUGAUACUACUGAGCCAUCGUAUCACUCAGACUCUACAGUUUCAACAACAGAAUUGAUUGAAACGCCGACUACGAAAGGUUGCGCGCAGAUCUGCUUAGAAAAAUACGAAUUCGAAACAUCGGUGAGGUCCUGUGAAACAAGCUGCGACUCCGUGACGGAAGGCUGCAACGAGGAUAAUCCUCCGGCGACGAGCUUUCAGGAAUGUGACAAGAGUUGCGAGUGCGUUACCAAAGAGAAGAGCGGCGAGUGCAUGACCUUAUGUCCUCCGGAGAGCUCAUCCUGCGAGAGUGGCGACUGCGUGAUAGCUAAAGGGCCGCCGUUAGAUACAAUUAAAAUAAAACUUGAACGUCCGCGAAUACGCGGCAUGUGCGAGAUCCCGAAUCUCCAUCAUCGUCGUCAGUUGAGACGGUUGGCGAAGAUGCGGGCGAUCAGCGCCAGCGCAAUCGCGACGUCACACGAUGUCUCCAGGGCGAGGAUGUCGCAUCGUCGAGACCAAAUUGCGACGAAGAAGCGGUACAAAAUGAUAGACACCGAAAUACCUUAUUCCAAAAGCAAGAAGGUGGCGGAAUACUUGCAGCAAAAAUCUCUUCGUGGCAGGCUGAGCGGGAACGACAGGGAACAAAGGCGUCGCAAGGAACGGGAGCAAAUCUACAGGUUGAAGAAGCGGCUGAAGAAACUCAGCGGGAGACUGGCCCGUAAAACAGCGAUGCAUCAUACGAGAGGGAUCGUAGAUCCAUUUCGCCAUAGUCAGAUUAAAAGGAUAUCCGAGAGAGGCGUGAAAGGCGUUAAUCGACGCGUAAAAGGCCGAGACGAGAUCGGAGUUUAUUGAUUUAAAAUUACGUCGUUUUAGCAAAUAAUGUUAUUAUAGCUGUUAUGUAAUUAUAUGGCCGUCGCUUCACGUGCUCCGUUUAGCGUACUUUCCGUCCAUUUAAUCGGGUCAGAGGCAAAAAAUAUCGUGGAACGUAACGGGAGAAGCUAAUUACAAUUAUUGAAGACAAGAACGUUUAUCGAAUUCGGCUGUAAACGAUUACUCGGCCCGGAGAUUUAAUUUAGUAGCUGUCUAUAUUUAAUCGGACCGUCGUGAGACUCAUACGAAUUAUAAAUUAUUCUUUCUCAAAGGCCGUCGUUGACGUCGCAACAUGGAUCAAUUAGAGUCACGUUAAUAAGAUCUCUGGUCAGCGUUUUCCAGCAACAAAUUUAUAUUACAAGCAGCUAAAGUGUUAUUAUUGAACGUUUAAAA